AUGCCCGGCCUGCCAGCAUCAGUCGACCUGGACGAAUGUAUAUCGCGCCUCUACAAGAAGGAACUCCUCGCCGAGUCCGUCAUCGAGGCCAUAUGCGCCAAGACGAAGGAGCUGCUCAUGCGCGAGAGCAACGUCGUCCACGUGCGCGCCCCCGUCACGGUCGUCGGCGACAUACACGGGCAGUUCUUUGACCUGAUCGAGAUAUUCAAGAUAGGAGGCUGGUGUCCCGAUACCAACUACCUGUUCCUAGGCGACUAUGUUGACCGCGGCAUGUUCAGCGUCGAAACCAUUUCCCUUCUUGUCUGUUUGAAAUUAAGAUACCCCAACCGAGUGCAUUUGAUCCGAGGCAACCACGAGUCGCGCGGCGUAACGCAGUCCUACGGCUUCUACACCGAAUGUUCCAGGAAAUAUGGCAAUGCCAACGUCUGGCAUUACUUUACAGACAUGUUUGACUUUUUGACGCUCAGCGUUGUGAUAAACGACCAGAUCUUUUGUGUACAUGGAGGGCUCUCCCCCUCCAUCCACUCCAUCGACCAGAUCAAGAUCAUCGACCGAUUCCGCGAGAUCCCUCACGAGGGACCCAUGGCCGACCUGGUCUGGUCCGACCCGGACCCGGAGCGCGACGAGUUCUCCCUAUCGCCCCGGGGCGCGGGGUACACAUUCGGCGCGCAGGUGGUCAAGAAGUUCCUCUCCGUCAACAACAUGAGCCACAUCCUGCGAGCGCACCAGCUGUGCCAGGAGGGCUUCCAGGUGCUGUACGACGACCGGCUGAGCACGGUGUGGAGCGCCCCCAACUACUGCUACCGGUGCGGCAACAUGGCGAGCGUCCUCGAGGUGAGCGACACGGGCGAGCGGUUCUUUAACGUAUUUGCCGCCGCGCCCGAGAACGACCUGCAUAAGGACAUGCAGCAGCAGGGCGCCGACAAGGGCCCUGACGGGAACACCCUGCCGGACUACUUCUUAUAA